AGAUUCGCAUCAGGGAUUGUUUUUUAGUCCGUAUUCUCUAUAGUAUGUCUGCUUUUUCACAGACUAUGGCCCACUUACCUACCGCAUUCAUUUCGACGUCCGUCAUCCCGUGCGAGGCGGCUCAGAUGAAUCUUUGCGUCGUGGUCCACGGCUCAUCCGUUAUCUUCCCAAACGGUGCCCUCCGGGGAUAUUUUAAUGUUUCUGCACUGCGUCGCCAGCACCACCCCUUGCUCUCGAAGAUUCAUCUACGCCCUGCUCCUCACCCUUAUCCUCUCCUUGGCGACCAUGGCUGCUUCUUCUUCAUCAUCACAGCCAGACGAAGUGCUGCCACUGAUUCCUUGCGCCAAAUGCUUAAGGUGGUCACCUUCGUCUCUCGCAGCGGAACUCGGUACUACAAGUGCGUCAGGAAAGAUGCUGGGCUAUGCCAGUUCAUGAGAUCCACCAAGACGUACCUGCCGGAGCUGACUCGUCAUGGCCUGUUGCAGCCGUAUGUGCUGCAGGCUGCAUCACUCCCUUGCCGUCCACCCAUCCCGCCGUCUGGUCCUCUCCAGCGGAGACUAAGGCGAGAGCACAACUUCGACGACGGCGGACAGGCGGAGAUUCAGCCUGCCCAUGUAAGCAACCAGCCACCGCUGCAGCAGUCCACUGUUGCCCGCGCGGCGCCUCAAUGCUGCUUCACUGACAGCCAGCGUACGACACUGCUCCUGGCCGGAACCAACUUCAUCCUCGUCGUCGCCAUGCUGAAGCAGCUAGUUUAGUGGUCAAUGAUCCAUGUAGUAUGGAGGAGUCGUCUAGUUAAGUCUUAAGUCCACUGUUUUUUAGUUUGAUUAUUCCACUAUGUGCCUCCGGUCUAGUUUCUACUGCUCGUUUUUGUGUUCAACUCGACCAUCCCGACGCAUUUUGUCAGGUCAUUUGUAUGCCAGCAUGGAUAUGUAAAUUAACGUACUGCUCAGAGUGUUUGAGGUUCUCCAGUAAUCACCGCGUCCUGUGCUGCCCAUGCCGCUCUUCUAAUGUUUACCCUUUUUAUUCACCGGUUGGAUCAGCCAGAUCCUCAUUAGGAGUUGGUAGAUUUGGCAGCCACAUAUGCCUAGUUCGCUCCAUAGAAAUCAUUUCAAACCAAGACGGAUGUCCAUAACUUAUAAUUACUUCUUCAUUCACGCUUCAGAUGCAGCCAAUACAUCUCUACAUUCAGUUUCUAGCUUGAGUGUAUA